GAAUACUAUUCAUAAAAUACUCAUUAUGUAAUGAAUGAGAUAGAAAACAUAUUAAAAAAAAAUAUACCUUAAGUUUCAUUUUUCUCCUUCACAGAACUCUGUUUUAUGAAUUCCACAUCUUACAGGUAUUGCAUAUGGCCAAUUUACAUGGAAUCCACUUAAGAACUGGAUGUCACUGCAAUCCCGGAGCCUGCCAGCGAUUUUUGAAACUGAAACCCAGUGACGUUUUGAAACAUUUUAGUUCAGGACAUGUUUGCGGAGAUCAAAAUGAUUUGAUUGAUGGUUAUCCGACUGGAACUAUAAGAUUAUCCUUCGGAUACAUGUCAACGAAAGAAGAUUGCGACACAUUUCUGAAAAUGAUAGAGUCCUGCUUUGUAUCACAUCCAAUCAUUAGAAAAAUUCCUCCGCACUGGAAUCAACUAGAAGAUCGAUCCAGAAAACUGUUUUAUAGUAACGGGAAAAAAUUAACAGACAAAAAAGUUGAUAUCGUGUUUCCCAUAACACCAGAAACAGUUCAUGAUAAGAAUAACCCUUAUCGAGAUAUUCGAGGAAGUCUGGAACAUAUUUUCCUAUACCCCAUCAAGUCUUGUGGCGCAUAUCAAGUCGCACGGAAUUGGAUUAUCACUCCAAAAGGGUUGAAAUAUGAUCGGGAAUGGAUGAUUAUAAACUCGGCUGGUAUAUGUCUCACACAAAAACAAAACAAAAAGUUAUGUUUGCUGAAACCAGUUAUUGAUUUGAAGAAGAAGUUGCUAGUACUACAAUUUAAAGGAUAUCCCAAUAUCGAAAUAGAUCUUAAUGAUUCAACGAAUAAAAAAAAAGCUCAUCUUUGCCAGAGUAAAAUUUGUAGAGAACAAGUAGUAGGAUGGGAUUGUGGUGAUGAAGUAUCAGAGUGGCUCUCAAAAGCUUUAGCAAUGCCUGGAUUGAGAUUGCUUCGACAAUAUGAAGAUGAAGAUUCAUCUACUCAGCUUUCCUUUGCCAAUAAAGCACAAUAUUUGAUGUUGAAUUCCAAGAGUGUCGAGUGGCUGCGCAGGCACGUCUCAGAAGGCAACUUGAACGAAAGCCUCAAAUCCACAAUUCAAAGAUUUCGACCUAAUUUUGUAGUAAAUUUUGAGGAAGCUUUCGAAGAAAACGAACUCUCAGAAUUUCUAAUUGGUGAUGUUCAAUUUAAG